AUGGACGACAUCCUCAGCUUCCACGCAACUGAGACUACUGUAGACGAUCCCGAGUUCGUCAAAGUUUACGAGGACCAUGACCUCCCUCUGACGUCCCAACAGCUAACUACUCAGGACGUUGUAUUUGUACUUGGCGUUGAGGUCUGUGAUUGUGGUACACGUUUGCGGUACCCGACAAAAGAGAUCCAUACUGCUGUUACUUGGCCCUUGACAACCCCAGUCACUUAUCGGCAAGCAUUGGGAUUCCUUGGUAGCCUCCUCCAAGAAGCUGACCUUCUUCCUUACCACAUCCUGCCGUGUAAGAAUCUUCUCACCGGUCUUGUCAGCAAAUGCCGGUCCAAGUUUGAUCACGGAUGGGAUCAGGCCAUCCCGGCUGAUGUCUUGAACCUCCUCUCUCAGUGGCAAGAACUACUCAAAUCAUCUACGCUGACUACUAUCCCGCGUCGAGUCGAUUUACUUACUCCUCUGGACAUCUAUGCCGAUGCCAGCAAGACUAUGCUUGCUUACACCAUCGAACAGAGCGGUGAUCCAGUCUUCCGUGGCCAGUUGCCUCUCACCAAGUCCCAAAAG